AUGUUCAGCUGGUUGAACCGUGAUGAUAAUGGCAAGCAAGACCUCUUUGAGAAUGUCACGCAGGGCUUGAAGAUGAUAUACAAAUCGAAAUUGUUGCCCUUAGAGCAGCAUUAUCAGUUUCAAGAUUUUCAUUCUCCUCAGUUAGAUGACACAGAUUUUGAUGCAAAACCUAUGAUUCUGCUGGUUGGUCAAUAUUCUACUGGCAAAACAACUUUCAUUAAAUAUGUGUUGGAACGAGACUUUCCUGGUAUCAGAAUUGGACCUGAACCAACAACCGAUAGAUUCAUCGCAGUGAUGUAUGACGAAAAAGAUGGGGUUAUUCCUGGUAAUGCCUUGGUCGUUGAUCCGAAUAAGCAGUUUCGUCCACUGUCCAAGUUCGGCAAUGCUUUUUUGAACCGAUUUCAGUGUUCUUUGGUAGCGUCUCCUGUCCUUAAAGGCAUAUCCAUCGUUGACACACCUGGUAUACUUUCUGGAGAAAAGCAAAGAGUCGACAGAGGAUAUGAUUUUACUGGUGUAUUGGAGUGGUUUGCAGAAAGAGUAGAUAGAAUAAUUCUUUUGUUUGAUGCACAUAAGUUGGAUAUAUCGGAUGAAUUUCGACGAUCAAUAGAAGCAUUAAGAGGGCAUGAUGAUAAAAUUAGGAUUGUUCUUAAUAAGGCUGAUAUGAUCGAUCAUCAGCAAUUAAUGCGUGUUUAUGGUGCAUUAAUGUGGUCUCUAGGAAAAGUUUUACAGACACCUGAAGUGGCACGCGUUUACAUUGGAUCAUUCUGGGAUCAACCUUUAAGAUAUGAUGUUAAUAGAAGAUUAUUUGAAGAUGAAGAACAGGAUUUAUUCAAGGACAUGCAGUCUUUACCUAAAAACGCUGCACUUAGAAAAUUGAACGAUUUAAUCAAAAGAGCACGAUUAGCAAAGGUGCACGCAUAUAUUAUUAGCGCCUUAAAAAAGGAUAUGCCUAACAUGUUUGGAAAAGAUACUAAGAAAAAAGAUCUCAUCAAGAAUUUAGGCACGAUAUAUGAUCAACUCCAACGGGAACAUCAAAUUUCACCUGGAGACUUUCCAGAUUUAAAAAAAAUGCAGGAAUCUCUCACGCACCAUGAUUUCACCAAAUUUAACCCUCUUAAACCGAAACUUUUGGAAGUUGUAGAUAAAAUGCUUGCUGAAGAUAUUGCUAAGCUUAUGGCCAUGAUUCCCCAUGAAGAAGCAGUGACAGAUUCGGAACCUUUGAUAAAAGGUGGAGCGUUUGAAGGCGUGGAAGAUCAAGUCAGUCCAUUUGGAUACAAGAAGGGUGAAGGUAUCGAUGCAGGCUCGGGUGAACCUGAUUGGAUAGUGAACAAAGAGCGAUAUAAGUACGACUCGAUAUUUGAUACCCUUGAGCCAUGCGAUGGUAAAAUUACUGGAGCUGCUGCCAAGUCCGAAAUGGUGAAAUCUAAAUUACCAAACAGUGUUCUGGGAAAGAUUUGGAAGUUAUCUGAUAUCGAUAAGGAUGGUCAAUUGGAUGCUGACGAGUUUGCAUUAGCCAUGCACUUAAUUAAUGUGAAACUCAAAGGAUAUGAUCUACCAGUGGAUCUUCCAGACCACCUCAUUCCUCCUUCUAAACGUAACUUAUGAAAUAAUCUGAUGUAUGAUCAUUAAUUAGACAUUUAAAUCAAUUAAUUUGUUGCUUCGACUCGACAAAUUGAUUGAUACAUGUUAGAUGAACGAACGAACAGAUUGGGACUCUGUAAUGAUUGGAUGCCAUGCGAAUUUUGAAUGUUUAUUUAAAAAGUUAUUUAUAUUUUAUUUUAUGAAAUUAAUAACUAGUUUAGUAGCUGUAAAAGGGGAUCGAAAAGAAUAUUUUUUUAAGCCGCCAGAUUACCCUUUUAUAGCAGCUUUAUCGCGAAUUCGCGUGACUGAAUGCAUUUAAGUGUCGCCUUUCUUAAAGAAUCUGUUAAAUUAUGUAAUGAAAGAAUUAGGAUUUAAACCGAAUUUAAAUUUUGUAACUUUUGAACCCUUUUUCAUACAAAAGAUAUUGUAAAUACUUUACUUUAUAAAAACAUUAAAUCAGCGUACGGUUUAAUUAAUUCUGGCAAAAGUUUUGACAAAUGUCUUUUGGUAUAACUAUCAAUGUACAUAUAUAAUGAUCCUAUAAUAGCUUAGACAUGGUCUUAUGCAGCAUUUAACUCUCAUUUGACUCUCUUUGAAGAAUGUUUCAUUGCGUGUAUUAGUAGUUUGGACUGUACCGUUAACCUUUGACUUUUUAAUUCUGCAAAUGAAUUAAACUCAAUCGCAACAUGACAACUACACCGCACUUACGUUACAUAAAUAAUGUAGUCACUCGUGAUUUUAUAAAUAGAAUACGUGGUCACGUAAAUUCUGCGGCAUCUGUUUUAUGCAAUUGAUUUGUGAUUUCAUAUAACGCACAUAAUCAGUACAUUCAACGACAAUAGAGGUUUAAUCUUCUAAAAAUUUAAAUUGUCUGUUUCUAGUUUUUGUUGUCAAAUAACUUUAUGAGCCACAAGAUCGGGUGAAGAUACGAUACACCUAGAAAUUCCCUGUAUGUUCAAAAUAUUCUUGAGCUCUUCUAAAGUAGUACAGCAAUUAUGAAAAUGUGGACAAUCUUUGACAUAAAGUUAUGUCAAAAUUUAAUUACAAACUAAUUUCUAAACUUUCGUAACAUCUAACAUCUUUGUAGAAAACGGUAUACAAACUAUUCACAUUUCCGCAAUCUCCACCUUUUCAUUUAAUUUUAUAAUAACAUGAAUAUGGAUGUCAAAAGACGCGGCAGCAUCUCAGACAAAUUUAUUGGCGUCGACUGUACAUAACAUUUACACGAGAAACCAUAAUGGUAUAGUUCUAAACGCGUUCAAUUGUAUAUUAUCAAUAAGGAAUUAUGGAUUUUUAAUCAUUUAAAACCAUUAUUGUCGUUAUUUGUAAAUUUACCGCACAUACUCACGCACAUAUAUACUCGUGCAUACAUGUGUAUCAGUGCAGGAAAUGCAAAAUACGUGAAAAAUUGUAUGCCAUUUAUUUCGACAUUGCUCCAAAAAUGAAAGUAGUUGUAUUGCAUUGUACUAAUACUUUAUUUUGUCAAUUAUGUCAACCAUUUAAUAUUUUUAAAUGGAAGAAAAAUCUAUCCAUUUCUACGCGAAUUAAAGAUAUCCUUUGACACAUUUUAUAUACCUUGUUUUAAAAAUCUUUGGUUUUUCCAAUAGUGUUAUCCCAUUUUGAAAGUAACAAAGUACUUUUCAGGAUUAUUUUCUGAAGUUUUAUGGAUCUUUUAAAUUAAUACACAUUGUUAAUGGUUAUACAUAAUAAACCUAAAAUAUACGGUUGUUAAAUAAGUCAA